AUGAAUAUUUUUGAAGAAGCUAUAGACAUAUCAAGGAUACCCACUGAUAUUAUAUAUAGAUGGAUAAGAGACAAGAUUAUACGAAUUUUAGGCAAUGAAGAUGAUAUAGUCAUAGACUUUUGUGUUAAUCAAUUACUUUAUAAGACAAGAAUCUCUGUUGUAGAUGAAGAGAGACAGAUAACUCCACAAGAAUUUAUCAAAAAUACUGAGGGUUUUUUAAAAGGUGAAACAGAGAACUUUGUUAAAGAUCUAUGGAAAUUUUUAAUAGAAUAUAGUAAAAGGGAGGAGAAUAUAGUAAAUAUUAAUGAUUGUAAAUUAGGAAAUCUUAGAAGUAGUACAAAAUCAUAUAAAAGUGAGGAAAGAUGCAUUAGUAAUAACACAGUGAGACAUGAUCAGAAGAGACGAGUUGAUUAUUCUAAAGAAUUUUAUACUAGAUCUAAUAGACAUAUUGAGGACUCUAAAGAUCAAGAUUGGUACUAUAACCAACAAAACUGCUACCACUCAGAAUACUUGAGAAGCAAUAAGUACAAAUAUUCAAAAGAUAAGAAUUAUUGCAUGAAUAGGGAAUAUAAGGAAGUAUCCAAUAAAUAUUAUGACUAUUCAGAAAGAGAGAGAUCUCCAUAUAGUUAUGAAAAUAUCAGGAGUGAAAAACGACUUAUAAACUUGUCAUAUAAUAAAAGAAAAGGUUCAUUAAGUCGUUCAAUAUCUCCAGAUAAUAUUGACAAUCGUAAGUUACCAAAUCAUAUGUCUAAAAAAAGAAAAUUGCUUUCUUCUGAAGAAUCAUAUGAGAUAAUCAAUCAGCAGAUGGAUAUAACUAUAAAGAAUAGUUUAAAUAUAUGUGAAACUUUUGGUAAAGAAGAUAAAUGCAAUUACUCGGAAUUAAACUUAUAUCAAUAUAUGGAAGAUAUUGACUCUAAUUCAAAAGUGAAGGAGAAAGUAGGGAAUUCCAGUACUCAAGAUGGCAUAUUCAAAGACAUAGAAAAGAACUUAAACGAAUCAAAUAAGAAAAAAACAGACACAGUGAAUAAUUUAAAUGGAACAUGCAAAUUAGAUUCAGAUGGGCUUGUUUCAUCAAGGUUGCUCUCAGAUAGAAGAAAUUUUAUUAUAAACAAUUACGAAGCAACAAGGUCUGAGGAUACGAUUAGUGAACAAGAGAAAUACUUACGUCAAAAAGCUUUGGAGUUAAUUAAACGUAGGAAAAGUGAGGGUAAAGUGAGUAUGAGAUCAAAGUCUGAGGAGGAUUUAAGAAGGCGUGCUUUAGAAAAGUUAAAACAAAAGAUUCCAAAUAUAAGGAGAGCUAAUAUAAACAUUUAG